UUUCUACCACAUUCUUCCAUCAGGGCCUGCCUUUUCGUGUUUACGCGGGGAAACUGAAAGAAUAUCGACAAGUACUCCUGUAAGCUACUCAAGAUAUCAUGCCUGGAGCCAAUCGUUUUGUCCUGAGAUUCAUUAAGGAUCCCAUUCACGACCUCAUUGAAGUCAGUCCUCGACUUUCCGUCUUUUUAGAUACACGCCAAUUCCAACGUCUACGCAACAUCAAACAACUGGGAACUUCGUACUACGUCUGGCCUGGAGCUUCACAUAAUAGAUUUGAGCAUUGCUUAGGUGUUGCGCACCUCGCCAAGACUCUGGCUACGAACUUACAAACGAAACAACCAGACUUCGGGAUCAGUGAUAGGGACAUCGAGUGCGUCGAACUUGCCGGCUUAUGUCAUGACCUUGGACACGGACCAUGGAGCCACGUUUGGGAUGCAUCGUUUAUGCCAAUGGCACUACCAAAAUUGAAAACACCGUGGAAGCAUGAGCAAGGCUCUGAGAUGAUGUUCGACUAUCUUGUAACGACCAACAAUAUCGAAAUCGAGGAGGCAGACACCAAAUUCGUGAAAGCUCUAAUCGCCGGGGACCCGGCGAAAUGUGACCCGUCCGAAAAGGGGUUUCUCUUUGAUAUCGUAGCCAACAAGAGAAAUGGCUUGGAUGUGGACAAGUUUGAUUACUUUGUUCGCGACUCCCAUAUGAUUGGCGAACCCAUCAAGAUCAAUCUUACACGCCUACUCAAGUCAGCCCGAGUGAUAGAUGGCGAGAUCUGUUAUGACAUCAAGGACGCCAACAAUAUCUAUGAGGUGUACAAUACUAGAUUCCGCUUGUACAAACAGAUCUAUAACCACAAGACGGCCGCGGCCAUUGAGUACAUGAUUGUUGACGCUCUCCUCCUGGCUGAGCCGUAUCUGCAAAUAGCCACCCGGGUGUUUGAUCCCGCAAAAUUCACAUACUUGACCGACGAUAUCAUGACGCAAAUUGAAUACGAAGCGUUAAGCAAUCCAGAUCUGGCUCCUGCUGCUGCAAUUUUUGACCGUAUCCGGACCCGCGAAUUGUACAAGAGCGUCGAUUAUAAAACGGUUGAUUGGGCUGACCACAAGUUCUUCGAGGGGGAGAUAACGCCAGCCAAGAUUGUUAGGGAAGCACACAAUGAUAUGACCGAGCCUUCUGGGCUUACACCUGAUGAUGUCAUUGUAUCCUUUUCACCCAUGCACUACGGUUUGCUUGAUGAAAAUCCCUUGCGCCACGUCAAGUUCUAUUCCAAGGCUCGGCCUGAUGUGUGUGCUAUCGCUCAACCGGGUGACUAUUCGAGCCUCGUACCAUCGGUCUUUGGAGAGGUACUUCUUCGUGUAUACACAAAAAAAGCCGAGUACUACUCCGAUGUGCAGGCUGGAUACCGGGCUCUCCUUUCCAAGAUUGCCGGCAGACCAUCUGUCACUGUACGCACGCCACCUGCCACUGAGACAUCUUCUACCCCCGGACCGUCUCGCAACAAUGGCGUGGCUGCACUUGAUCGUUCGCCUGGUGGGAGCAGAUACGGCGAGAACCAGUUUACCACUGUGGAGCGAGGUUAUAUUCCGGCUAGUCCUGCCAAGCAGCUGAAACGCGAGGUUGGGAACUCGGAGGCGGAAGGAUCUUCGAAGAAGAAAAGGCCAUGAGCGUGGUGUCGUGGUUGGGAUGAUUAACUUUUCGGAUAGAUUUCUUGUUCCCGUAGAUAUCAGUAGACUUUACUCGUAUCCCGCCUGUCAUUUACACGGACUCGAUGUCUUUUUACUUGUAAAUAGCUUUUUCGUGUAGUAUAUGAACCUAUUCCGCUUGUAAUAAGUCCAUAAUAGGUUCGCCGUCAAUGGCUAAGCUCCC